AUAAAUAAAUCGACACAUUGCAGGCACCUGACUUAGAGAGCUGCUCAUCUGAACAGACCUUUUGCCCAAAGUCUGACGUUGGAGAUUUGAGUCUCUUCAAACCUUUCUUAGUUCGGAGCUUUACAGCAUUAUUCAGAGAUGAUUGCCACGAAGCUGUGCCUGUUGCUUCUGCUACUCAUGGCUCUGAGCAACGUCCUAGAAGCUAAAGGUGACGGGGAUGAUGAGACUAAUGAAUGUAAUUGUCUGACCGACGAAGUCUCAUCUAAACUAAAAGCUUGUCCAAAGAAAGCACGGAAAGCCAUCAAAAAGCUUCUAAAGGAAAUUUCGAAUGGUGGAAACAUUGAUCCAGAGCCUGAGACUACAGAAAAGGAUAAAACCAGAAAAGGUGGGGCUAAUGAUCCAGACACCGAGGCCCCUGAUACCCCUGAUACCCCUGAUUGUGCGCCUAAAGAAGAGUCCUCGUGUAAUUGCCUGACCAAGAAAGUCUUGUCUAAACUAAAAGCUUGUCCAAAGAAAACACGAAGAGCCAUCAAAAAGCUUCUAAGGGAAUCAUCUGGAACAGAUGAGUGAUGGGGCUGGUAGGGCUGCAGGCCUCCAGAUCUAUUUAUUGCUUAAUUCUUGGUUGUCACUAUAAAAACGUAAAACUAAAUCUACUGCUUAAUUGUUGGUUGUCACUAUAAAAAAAUAAAACUUUAAUGUUUG